AUGUCGACCGCCCCGAAGGACAUCUACGUCGCAGUCCAGGACAACUCGCUCGUCUCGGCUGCCGCUCAAUCGGCUGCGGCAGACGUCGCGCAGCUGUGGAAGGACUCGCGCGCAAAGGACAAGGAUACCCGCACGUUCUACAAUGUCGGAGGACAGGGAAAGACGGUGGUCGCUGUUGGCGUCGGAAAGGCCAAGGAGCGCAAGGGCGGCGAGGGCGAGGAGAACGCCUUGAAGGAGCAGGCGAGGAGGGCUGCCGCCGUCGCGACGCACGCGCUCAAGGCCGCCUCGUCCAAGUCGUUCGCGAUCGACCCGCUCGACUCGCCUCACUCUGCCGCCGUCGGAGCAACCCUCGCCAACUUUGUCUGGAACCUCAAGACCACGAGCGAGGCCAAGGCUAAGCUUGAGCCGGUCGAGAUCAGCCUCCUCGGAGACAAGGCGGAGCCGUCGCUUGAGAGCGAGAAGGCGAAGGAGGGACGGAUCCAGCUCGACUGGGAGACUGGAAAGGUCUACGGCGAGGCUCAGAACUUUGCCCGCGUCCUCAUGGAGACGCCCGCGAACCGCAUGACGCCCACGAUCUUCUGCGAGACGGCCAAGAAGCAGUUCGAGGGCGUCGAGAACGUCUCGAUGGAGGCGCACGACCUCAAGUGGGCCGAGGAGAAGAAGAUGGGAUCAUUCAUCUCCGUCUCGCGCGGGUCGGACGAGCCGCUGCGCUUCCUUGAGCUGCGGUACAACGGCGCUGCCAACAAGGACGAGGCUCCUCUCGCCUUCGUCGGCAAGGGCAUCACCUUCGACUCUGGAGGAAUCUCGCUCAAGCCCGGCGCGGGUAUGAAGGAGAUGCGUGCCGACAUGGGCGGCGCUGCGACCACUCUCUCGGCUGCGUGGGCUAUCGCCAAGCUCAAGAUUCCCAUCAACCUCAUCCUCUGCAUCCCCCUCACCGAGAACAUGCCCUCCGGCAAGGCCACCAAGCCGGGCGACGUCGUCGUUGCCUCGAACGGCGUCACGAUCGAAGUCGACAACACCGAUGCGGAGGGCCGCCUCGCGCUCGCGGACGCGCUCUACUACGCUUCGUCGCAGUACAAGCCUCACACGGUCGUUGAUGUCGCGACCCUGACGGGCGCGAUGAUGAUUGCGCUGGGCAACCAGUUCACCGGUGUCUUUACCAACAGCGACUCGCUCUGGAGCGAGCUCGACGCCGCCGGCAGUGCUGAGCGCGACCGUGUCUGGCGCAUGCCCCUUGACGAGGGCUACAUGCCCCAGAUCAAUUACACCGGCAUGGACCUGUGCAACACGGGCGGCCGUCUCGGCGGCUCCUGCACCGCAGCCAUCUUCCUCAAGCGCUUUGUCGACGGACUGAUCGUCGAUGGCUCGGACAACGAGAACCAGGAUGGCCUGAUCCGCUGGGCUCACCUCGACAUUGCCGGCGUCAUGGACCUUGCGCGCAGCGAUGGAGGCUACAACCUCGGCGGCAUGACCGGUCGUCCCGUCCGCACCCUGAUCGAGUUCGCCCGUCGCUCGGUGAAGGCGUAG